AUGAAGUCUAAACAACCAUCCGGUAGUCAAAAACGUAAAAAAAGAAAACUAGAUGAAGAAAAGAGAAAGGUUGACGCUGGUGCUCUAGAUAAGUUUAUCCACAGACAACCUAUUGAAGAGCAUGUUGAAGAGCACAAUGAAGAGCACAAUGAAGAGCACAUUGAAGAGCAUGUUGAAGAGCAUAUUGAAGAGCAAGAGCAUAUAGAAGUAGAAGAGGCAGAAGAGCAAGAGCCCGUUAAAGAGCUUGUUGAUAUAUAUGAUCCAAGAAGACGUUUUUCUGCAGCUUUAUAUACAAGAACUUUACCAAAUUUGGAGAAGUGUGAUAGAGAAUGGCUAGUAUAUUCAAAAGAGCUAGACAGGGUAUUUUGUUUCUGUUGUAAAGUGUUUAGAAAAGGUAUUUCAAAAUGUAAGUUAGAUGGUGAAGGUUAUGCAGAUUGGCACCAUGUUACUACUAGGGUUAAAGAACACGAAAGUUCAUUGGAUCGUCUUACAAAUAGGAAUAAAUGGUUUGAUAUGCGUAAAAGAUUGAACUUGAAUGAAACAAUUGAUAAAGUUCAAUACGAGCAAUUCAAGAAAGAAAGAGAUUACUGGAAACAAGUCCUUUUGAGAAUCAUUGCAGUAGUGAAGUUUCUUGCUAAACAUAAUUUAGCAUUCCGUGGAUCCAAUGAAAAGUUGUAUCAAAAAGGUAACGGAAAUUUUUUAGGUGUCAUUGAAAUGUUCGAAGAGUUUGACCCGGUUAUCAAAGAGCAUGUGCGGCGGAUCACAAGUGAUGGGCUUCAUGUGCAUUAUCUUGGCCACUUAAUCCAAAACGAACUAAUAUCUUUGCUAGCUCAAGAAAUUAAAAAAGAAGUUAUCAAGAAGAUAAAGGAAGCAAAGUACUACUCAAUUAUACUUGAUUGUUUUUUGAAUGUUGAUGAUACCUCUGGAAAAGGACUAUUUGAUAUUACACUUGAGGAGUUAAAGUCUCUUGGUCUUGAAAUUGAUGAUAUGCAUGGUCAAGGCUAUGAUAAUGGAGCAAAUAUCAAAGGAAAACACCAAGGAGUGCAAAAGAGAAUUUUAGAUAUAAAUCCUAGAGCAUUUUACACUCCUUGUGGUUGUCAUUCUCUUAAUCUAACAUUAUGUGAUAUGGCUAACAAGUGUGUUAAAGGAAAGAACUUUUUUGGAUUCAUCCAACGCAUUUAUACUAUCUUUGCAAAUUCUACUAAGAGGUGGGAAAUUUUGAAAGAUAAUGUUAAAGCAUGGAGUCUUAAGUCAUUGUGUCAAACUCGUUGGGAAAGUCGGGUUGAGAGUGUAAAGGCUAUUAAACUUCAACUUGUGGAUGUACGGAAAGCUUUACUUCAAGUUGGAGAAAAAGAUAAUGAUGUUGCAAUUGCAAGUGAAGCAACUUCACUAGCAGAAAAAGAACUUGGUGACUUUGAAUUUUUGGUAUCAACUAUUAUUUGGUCUGAAGUACUAAACCAUGUGAAUAUUGUGAGUAAGAAGUUACAAUCAAAGGAUUGCUAUUGA